AUGGCAUCAGGCGGCUCGCGUAGCAGAAACGGCUGCUACACCUGCCGCGUGCGCAAGAAGAAGUGCGACGAGCAGCAUCCCCGCUGCGGUAGCUGCACCAUCCGGGAUCUAGAAUGCUAUGGCUUCAAUACCCCUCCUCCCGACUGGAUGCAAGGCAAGCAGAACUGGAAGGAGGUCAUGGCUACUUCUGAAGCCCGACAUCUCCAAUCCAUUGCAGAGGCGCAAUACAAAGCUCGCCGGCGCUCCGGGCAGACUGUGAGCAGGCCCAAGGCUGGCCAGCUUGUGAUUGGAGGCAAACCGCCUUCUGUACCAGAGCCCAUUUGGUGGGAUGGAGGGGUCUGUUCCUCUCUGCCUAGCCAAAAGAGCCCUCGCGAAGACGCACGUCUACUCAAAAUUUACCUUGAGUUUGUCUUCCCAGUUCAGUUCACGUUCUGCUCGUUGUCUGGACCGGCGGAUCAUCGCUGGCUUAUGAGUGGCCUGUGUAGUAACUCUGCCCGGUAUCAAGGUGCUUUGAGUGUUAGCGCCUGCUUCGAUGCCUCGCUUAAAGAACCACAGAGGAUAGAUGGAAUUGGCCUAAGUGUAGAGGUGGCGCAGCGGAAGGCUGUCGCUGUACAGGGACUACAGACGCUGGUCACACGCUUCCAUCAGCAGCGAGUUGUCCCUAAGGACAUGAUCAGAGUAGCUAUUCAGAUGUUGGAAGUCAUGCAUCAACUACUCAGCCUUGAAGUUUUCAGCAUGCUGGAGGGGACCUGGCUGCUGCAUCACCAAGCGACAAUGACUCUACUAGAAGCCGUCCAGAACUACAACGCUGCGGGCUCACUCGACAAAGAGAGGGCUUCCCCACAUUCAUCACCACUUGAUAUAGCGCUCGGGGACUUCUCAUGCCCAGAUACCCAGAGGACGCUUGAAUUUCACGUCACUUGCGUCGUCUGGAUUGAUGUCAUUGCCACCGCAACAUUUGGUUAUCCCUCGCGUGAUGUCCGGCGUUUCGACUACAUACCAUACCUUCGUGCCAAUACAAUUAAAACGCAAGGUAUAAUGGGUUGCCACUCAACAGUCAUGGCAAGCAUUGCUGAGAUCACACAUCUUGCUGAUUGGAAGAAUGCUCAAAUUCAGAGCAGCUCACUGGACGCAGAGGAGCUUUCCUCACGUGCUGCAGCCAUAUCGUUGCAACUGAUGGAGCAAGUGCACGAGCUAGACACACAACCUAUAGUUAACUUGGAUGAUUUGGAAUCCCGAAGCAGUUUGAUAACUCUGCAAUUCGCCUGCGCUUCACAGGUGUACCUGCACGUUCUCCUGCAUGGGUUUGACAUAGAUCAUCCUGAACUUGUCCGUCUAGUGCGCCAGGGCUUGGAAAGACUGGAGGCUCUCCCCUUCGGAUCGAUAAUCCGUGCCAACUGGGCGUUUACAAUGAUAGGGUGCUUUGCACAUGAAAACCUGCAUGAGCGUUUUCGAAGAUUAAUAAGGAGUCUCAUGGAACACAAACGGCCUUUGGGAAUGACAUGGAAAGGGCUGAUGGUCAUGGAAGAAUGCUGGCGUCUAAGAAAGUGUCAGCCCGAAUUGAAUGAUAAUUGCGAUUGGAGGAUGGCUAUGAAAAGCCUCGGUAGUCAAGUUUUACUCGCCUAA